AUGGCGACGGCUUAUUCGGCGGCAGCUUCCACUUCCAUGGCGGCAACUGCUGUCUUGAUACCCCGUCUCGCAACUACCACCCACUGCUCUGCUUUACCGUACCUACCACCGCGCUUGUCCUCUUUGGCUUUUUCCACUUCCUUCAAAAAGUUUUCAGAGUCCCAGAGGUCUUCUUUGCUCCAGGUGAAAGCCACUUCGUCAGAAGAGACAUCCACUCCUAUUGAUACUGAUGAGUUGUUCAACGAUAUAAAGGAGAAGUGGGAUGCAGUUGAAAACAAGUCUACAGUACUUCUCUAUGGAGGUGGAGCGAUUGUUGCAGUUUGGCUAUCUUCCAUUGUUAUUGGUGCAGUGAACUCAGUCCCUUUGCUUCCAAAGAUCCUGGAGUUGGUAGGGCUUGGAUAUACUGGAUGGUUUGUCUACCGAUACCUUCUCUUCAAGUCAAGUAGAAAAGAACUGGCCACGGACGUUGAAGCUUUAAAGAAGAAGAUCACAGGAACUGAAUAA